UGCUGGAAACUAGCAAAACCUUUUUCAAAUCAUACACUUACCGUAUUAAGGAAAGAAAGAUACAGAUACACUUAGAUAAUGUAGGUAUAGGUACAAUGAAUGAAUUAAAAUCGACUACAUUACAAACUGGUCAUAGUUGUAUUGUAGUCGAUCAGAAAACUGCUAGAUCAGGACUUACCUGGAUCUAAAAAACUUACGAGGAAGCAUAGUUACUCAAUCUGUUAGAAAUUGUUACUAAAUCUUACUCAAACCGCACUCUAUCGUCUUAGGCACGUUGGGUAUUGAAGUCCUAGUGCAAUGUCCAGAGAAAAGUUAUUUUUACGGUCGUCUUAAACUAUAAGUACACCUGAGGUAGUGAAUGAAAUGUGAUGCUUUAAAAAUAUCAAGAAAUUUCUGCUCAAUUAUUACCUAUGUUGAGUUUUCGACUUGAAUGAAAAAAAAGAAGGAGAGGCAAGAAAGAGACAAGAAAUUAUAUAUGAACAAGCAUAUGUUCUAUAAACUACCUUCCACAUUCGUAACAGCUGUCUCAAGUAGAUAUGUUUACCAACAUGUUCUGUUCAUAGUGAAAUAGUUUUGUUUCCAAAAUAUUUAUUGGUCACAGAAAGAAGCAACUUAUUAUUGAGACACUUCAUAAUUGGCUGCUAGCAACAAGCGAUAUCAAACCCUGGGCACUCACCAAUUUAAAUGACAAUCAGGACUAGAAAAAUGGCAGAUUCAAUGCCUUCUGAUUUCAACGAGGAUCAAGACAGUGCAAGUGGUUCGUUACCAUGUGAUCUACAAAAAGGUUAUGCCAUUGAAAUCCUUUGUCUCGACGGGAAAAGUGUUCCCGAUCACUUCAAAUGUCCUGUGUGCCAUCUUAUUUUUAGGGACCCAAUUCAAAGAAUGUGUGGUCAUCGCUUUUGCAAAAAUUGUUUUGAAGGAUUACCUCAGGAUAGCAUCUGUGAAAAAUGUUUGGAAGAUGUGUCAAAUGAAUCUGAUUCCAUUGAUCCCACUAUCAGUAUGCUGAUUUCCAAAAACGAGCAACCAUAUACUCCUGAUUAUUACCUUCGGAAAGAACUUGACAAACACCCUGCUCAGUGUUUAUAUCCAGGGUGUUCAUGGAAAGGCAAAUUCAAGGAUUAUAAACAGCAGCACAGCAGAAACUGUGAGUGGAGACCAGAAGUAUGCGAUAGAUGUUUCGAAGGGAAGAUUCCUAUGUGUGAAAUGGAGAACCAUAAGAAAGAUUGCCCCUAUCCUGUUGAUUGUCCUCUUAACUGCGGUGUAAAGAUUUCCUCAAAAUUAGUAUCAAACCAUCUUCUUGAACAGCUUGAAGAACACAUGUUGAUUUUAAAAAAGAAUAUAGAAAAAUGCAAGAAUAAUUCUGGAAACAGUGAAAUGGGGUGUCAAAAAUUUGAAAAGAAUUUUCUUAAAAUUGACAAAUUAGUUGGAGUUUUCCAGUCUGAUUUAAAAAAAUUAACUAGCACAAUUCAACCACUUCUCUCUUUGAAAGAACCACUACUUGAAAACAUUCCUAGUUAUGAUGGAACAUUUAUUUGGAAAUUAGACGACUUUGAAAAACGGCGUAAAGAUGCAGUAAAAGGAACAUGUCCUAGUUUAUAUUCAACCCCAUUCUACACUAGCAAGUACGGUUACAAGAUGUGUCUUAGACUCUACCUAAAUGGCGAUGGCAUGGGGAAAGGAAAAUAUAUAUCACUUUUUUUUGUUGUCAUGCGAGGCUCAUAUGAUGCACUUCUGGCGUGGCCUUUUCAACAAAAGGUUUCAUUAAUGAUGCUGGAUCAAUCAGGAACAAAGCAUGUUAUUGACAGCUUCCGACCUGAUGCUAAAAGUACUUCAUUUCAACGUCCAGAAAACAAGAUGAAUAUUGCAAGUGGCUGUCCUUUGUUCCUGUCACUCGAUAAGCUUAACUCUCCAAAUACAUAUGUGAAAAGUAAUACAGCUUUCUUCAAAGUAGUUGUUGAUACUACAGGACUAGAACGAAUGCCAGUCAACUUUACCCCUUAAUUAUUUAUAUUAAUCUUUAUUUCUAGAGAGUGGUUAUGCUUGGUUUUAGUGAGGAAGAACUUGCUUCCUUACCGUUUGUGUCCAUUUGCAAUCAUCGUAAUUCCUUAUAAUGCAUUGAAAUUUAGAAAAACCAAUAAUGGUUUUAUUGUAUAAAAUGGCUAUUUUUUUACUUGAUGACUUGUUAAUUAUUGAAUAUUGUUUAUUGAAUAUAAAUUUGUAAAAAUACACAAACCUUUCAUGGAUCAAACAAUUACAACCAAAAUCUAUAUCAUUUAAGCCUGUAUAUAUAUUUGUUUUUGGAAAGUGGGUGGAGCGACAUGCUUCCGCGGAAAUAAAAACAAAAACCCUCUCCCCAAAAACAGUAUUUUUUUGACUUUACUAUUCAUAGUAUGCUGGCUGACUAUUGUUCUCUCUUUGCUGGUUUUGAUGUUUGUACCAAACCUUUUGAAUUGACUGCCAAAUUUCUUUCCAUCACUGCACGCAAUUAAAAGGUUUUUACAUUACAUUCUUUUUUUUUUUCCCAACCAACACUGCUUUUAUUCUGACAUAAAGCUAAUAAAUUAUUUCUGAUCUGCUGCUGCCACCAGUAGCUGGACAUCAUGUUGCUUUUCAUCAGUUGCAUUGGAAAUAACGAAAUAAAAUGCUGAAGUAGUUUGCCAAAAGUCAACUAUCAAAUUCUAAAUUUAGUUUGGUUUCUUUAAAUAAAAGGUGAGCGCAAGAGAGCACAAAUGAGAGAAAGAGAAAGCAAGAAAGAAAACAUCAUGCUCCAGUCACAAGUAAAAAUGGGAGUUGAUGGAACUUAAGUUAAUAGUUUUUGAAGUGACUGUAAAGCUGCUGCUGCUGCUGCCAUAGAUACCUACUACGAAGAUAAAUAUUUCAUCUUUUAAUUAUAACUUAUUCUAUGAUUAUAACUGUACACAUUCAUUUGUAAUUUCUAGACAUUUCUGUUGAACUACCUUUCUCCAAAUCAUUUUCCAUUUGUUGAGUAUAUAAGACCAUGCCUAGACCAAGAACUCAGUAAUUCCACACAUGAAAUUACACUGGAUAUUCACCUUCCAACAGCCUCUAAACAAAACCUUUUUUUUUUUUUUAAUUAGCAGCUCACUAGCUUAUUUCUUAAUAAAUGCACUUUAAUCUAUUAA